GUCAUCCUCAACCAUCCUUUGGAAGGCGUGGACGUGUGGACGCUCAUCUCGAUUCUCCUUUCGCAUGUCUCGUUCACAUCGUAGGAACAUUCCAUCAACUGCAUAGUGCCCAGUAGGACGAGGUCAUUCCACGUCUCUAUACCGUGGUGCUCGUUUGCACUCGACCAAAGGCAUGUCGUCUGCUGCCAUGCAAGCAGCUCCUCAUACUUCGGCGGCGAAUUCAACCUCGUACACCACGUCUUCCCACGCCCAGGAUGCGUAUCCUUCCCGCGCCGCAGCAACCUACCAACAACAAUCCCGUUCCUCGCAGCCCGUUGAUACGACAUCUCGCAAUUCACCCUCAGCCAGGUCUUCAAGUCGGCAGCCAAACUCCAAUGGUGUAAACCUCAGUCCACAGCAGCCUUUGUACGGAUCGACGUCGCCAAAUAUGAGCGCUCCUGUGCGGAAUUCCCCACAACCGGGAAGCUCGCACUCACCCGCGUCGCCAUUGCCCACAGACCACAGUCGCAAUCGAUCUACUGUGCCCGAAGGGUUGGCCAUUCCACCGCGAACAUCCUCUAAUCAGCGGUCCCGAAAUCACGCGUCGGGCCGCACGAGAAGCAGAGGCGAUGAAACCAACGAGGGCAGGUCCCGUCGUAGAGCACAACAAUCUUCUGACAGUCCACAGCAAUCUACCAAUGCAACCGAUGAUCAAGGUUCAUCUUCGGAGCCAGGUGUCCUAGGUCAAGACUCGAGUACCAUACUCAAUCAACUGGUCAUCACAGACCCUUCCGAGGAUAUCGAACGUGAGCAUGAGCGCGAAUUAGAGUCUCAAAAUUCACCCGCGAUCGGAUCAUCUUCAACUCCUGGACACGGUGCGGUAGAGGAUGAGGGUGUAGAUGAUAAUAAUCGUACUGGCACGAAGAGCCGGCAUGAUUAUUCGAACACAUCUAACAGACGAAAAGAAACCACUUUUGGCAAGUACAUCUUGGGCCAGACAUUGGGUGAAGGAGAAUUUGGCAAGGUGAAGCUCGGCUGGAGAAGAGAGGGAAGUGUACAGGUUGCCAUUAAACUCCUACGCCGUGAAAGCUUGGGUGCCAACCCUAGCCGACUGCCCAAAAUAUACCGGGAAAUCUCCAUCCUUAGGGAUCUGUCACAUCCUAACAUCGUACGGCUACACGAGAUGGUGGAAACCGAUCGCUACAUUGGAAUAAUUAUGGAGUACGCAUCAGGGGGAGAGCUUUUUGAUUACAUCCUGAACAAUCGCUAUUUGAAGGAUAAUUCAGCGCGACGCCUUUUUGCACAACUUGUAUCAGGAGUGGGCUAUCUACAUAAAAAGGGAAUUGUGCACCGUGAUUUGAAACUGGAGAAUCUGCUACUGGACCGAAAUCGCAACAUCAUCAUUACUGAUUUUGGAUUUGCCAACACUUUCAACCCGGGCGAUGAACUGAGCGAUGAGAUUGAGUACAACCUGACUAAUCGCGAAUUUGUCAAAAGAAUGCGCUUGGACAAACUUGAUGCGAAUGGACUGCGGCGCGGUGACUUGAUGCAGACAAGCUGUGGUAGUCCGUGCUAUGCGGCACCAGAGCUAGUUGUAAGCGACUCGCUCUACACAGGUCGUAAGGUUGACGUGUGGAGCUGUGGUGUCAUUCUGUAUGCUAUGCUUGCUGGAUACUUACCCUUUGACGACGACCCUGCCAAUCCCGAAGGCGAUAAUAUAAAUCUUCUGUACAAAUAUAUCGUUUCAACGCCUUUGACUUUUCCCGAAUACGUGACACCACAUGCUCGAGACCUAUUAAGACGCAUCCUUGUUCCAGACCCACGCAAGCGAGCUGAUCUUUUCGAGGUCGCUCGCCAUAGCUGGCUUAGUGAGUAUUCACACGUUGUGUCUCAUAUCACAAGCAGCACUACCAAUGUCGCCGACAUUGCCACCACCACAGUUCCUGCCGAAGGUACACAAGAAGGACCGUCCCUUGCCCGUAGCGCUUCCGUUCGCGAACCACAGAAGACCUUCCAAUCCAGUGCUUCGACACUUGGAGGCCUUACCCACCAACAAGGAAAAGUUACUCAGGAUGAAUCAGCUGAAAAGACGAAGACCUCGAGAGAAGCGAAGCGGAGGACAGUCCAGGUGGAAUAUGUCGCACCUCAGUCACAAACUGCACGCGGCGAGUCUAGCACGCAUAGCACAGAAAACUCGCCGGCCGGUAAAUCAUCGACGCCUAGAGCAAGCGGCCGAGCAGCUCCUGACCAGAAUAAACCGCUCCCUAGUGAACCGUCUGGAGAGCAACGGCCUGGUGUCCCUCGUUCAACUUCAGAAACAACCGGCGUGGUCUAUACUACUCGUCCAAAUACCGGACAUUCUCUCAAUGCUGGGCGACUUCCUUCUCGUGGCUCUUACGGACAGCCCGUAGCACCGACUGUGGCACCAACGAAUGCGCAGGGUCGACUUGCACAGCCUAAGAAUGGCAAGCAGUAUAACAUUUCGGCGCCUAUACCUCAAGAUCCAAAUGUCUCUAUUGGACGGCCUAGUGCCCAACAGCUACCAGCCAAGUUCAACCAAGGCCCUUCACAGGAAGUUGGAAGAGGUCACAAACGAUCAAGCACUGUCAGUAGUAUUGGGGAGAAGAUCUUUGGACGUUCGGGCUCUAUUUUCGGUAAUCGCUCCAGCCAGGCUGCUCCUCGCCCCAAACCAGUCAGACGCUAUCCUCCUACCAGUAUGAAAGAGCCUUAUUUCAACGAUGACUCUAGAGCCUCGAUAGAUUCUCGACGCCCCGGCUCUUAUAGGAGCAACCACGGAAGCGAAGGGCGACCGCGUCGAUUUUCCCUCAUCAAUUCGCUCAAGGGGCUCUCGUCAUCAGGACGUAGUGAGCAACACAGUGAUGCUGAUAGUCAAGAACACAACCUGUCUCGGCCAGCUACUGGCCCUGGUGGACUAAUGGGACGUGACGAUACAUAUGAUUCCUUCGCAGCUCCUCGUUCAGAACAACACCCUGCAGAGACGAGUUACGAAGAUCACAUCGACCGGCAAUUUGCAGAAUUACAAGACUACCAGACAGACGCAUACGGCAACCAGCCCAACGAGUAUGGAUCGUCAACCAACGAAUUUUAUGGUUAUCCUCAUCGCGGACAAUACAAUGGUGGCUAUGAGAACAGGCCACGGCCGUCUAUGCAAGCGUCUAGGCCCAAACAGGGUGUGCUUCAGAAGAGCACACGCAAAUUUGCAGAUGCAUACGAGUACGAGAGAGACCCGUCUCACCACUCUGGAAGCUCCGGAGCAGCGAGGAAGGUGAUGGACUUUUUCCGUCGUCGAGGCAAGGCUAGAGCUGGAGACGAUCGGUGAAAGUUGACUUCCAGCGGAAUAAAGAAGUUAAACAACGUUCUUGAUUAUCAACAAACAUUAGGAAUACUACUUGUUCGGCUGCAAACAUUUAGCCCUUCAUUUCUCAGUAGGCGACGCGCCUAGAGAAUGGCCGUUGCAGGACUCGGUCGAGUGAGUGUUUCGUUA